GUCAAAAAAGCAACUACAAUAACAACAAUGGCUCGCAGCUGCAGCUCAUUGUUUUAUGUCUUUCUGCGUAAAAAUGUCCUUUAUUUAAGGUACAGCUGGUUACCUUUGUGCAUUGCCUUUUUUAUGUGGAUUGGCGUCCUAUGGGCAUACUUACAUUGGACAAAUAAAUUUAAUUUAAAUGAUAUCGAAGAAUUCGAAUCUAAAGACUACAAUGCACUGAAAGCAAUGUAUCCCGGAAAUGAGCUUGAUUUGUUAUACUACGCACCCAAUACAGAAAAUGUGAACUCGCUCAUGGAUCAUGUCCUUGAGGAAUUGCAACUAGGCAGAGAACUUAUUCGUGAGUACAACAACAGCGUGGAGAUGCAAGUGGAUAUGGAACAGCAGUGCAAGGGAAACUGUUUUGCUAUUAAUUUUCAGACGUUGUCCGAUCCGAGGAUGAAUGGAGACUUCAAAUAUAGCCUAAGCUCAAAUCAGUUGCGAAUGUCACCGCAAAAGCGCUUUGUGAAUGAUGAGGAAAUCAAUCAUCAGAAAAGUGAUGAUGAAUAUAUACGCGAGGGAUUUCUCACACUGCAGUACGUUAUUGACCGUCAGUAUAUGAGCUACCAACAACUUAAUGCUGACUAUGAGCUGCGCAUCAACGCUAUACCAAAUCUGGAGGUUAACACCACCCACAGCAAUAUUCUGAUCAAUUUCGGGACAUUAUUUAGCAUAUUAUUUAGCAUAUUGCUGCUAAGCACGUAUGUGGUGCCUUUUGUCGAGGAGAAGCAGAAUGGCAUCAGAGAGUUUCUCAAUAUUGUUACGCCCAUGAGUUUUUUAAACGGGCUCACCUUUUCCCUCAUACGUUUUGUGUGCUACGUGGGGUUACUUUUAAUUACGCUUCUUAUAGCCUUGUCAUAUGGCGCAUUGGGACUGAUUGGAUUUUUGUAUAUAUUUGUUUUGUAUUUGUUAUACAUUUUGGCAAACAUGUCGUAUGCCUAUCUAAUAUCUGUCUGCUUUCACACGGUUUUCUACGCAAAGAUCGGCGGCCUCAUUCUUCUCGUCAUACCCUACAUCUUUAGUAUUGUAAGGAGCUGGCUUUCCAAACUCGCAUUCUAUCUCUUCUGCACGAAUUCAUUCCUGGAGGGCUUAGAUGUGUUGCAGACGUUCUCCAAUAAACGUAAGUCGAUGAAAUAUUGUCAAAAUUGCAUACCAAUUACAAAUGCAUUUAUAGGUCGACACUUUGGCUUCGCGGAUCUCUUGCGAUUAAUCAAAGAUGACGCUAGCUGUAUCAUUUACGUUUAUUCCGUGCUCCUCGGUCAGACCAUUUUGUAUGCCUUGCUGUACAACUACUUAGUGUGCGUGUUUCCCGGCCCUGGCGGCCUUAAGCGACCAUUCCUAUUCAUUCUAAAUCCCAAUACAUAUAAAAAGCGGCAGCGCAAUGAGUACACAACGUCGCCCCGUGGCACCGAUGCCAUCAUCAUCAGUGAUUUGUGCAAGAAAUUCCAGACAAGCAAACGCGAAACCAAUAUUGCCGACCACUUGAGUAUGAAAAUUAAAAACAAGGAGAUUACCGUACUACUGGGACACAACGGUGCCGGCAAGACAACCAUGAUGAACAUGAUUAUGGGCACUGUACCAAAGGAUGCUGGUAAAAUUGUUGUUUGCAGUGAGCGCGAUGUUGCAUCAUAUCGUCACUUGAUCGGGUUCUGUCCACAGCACAGCGUUUUCAUGAGCUAUAUGACAUGCCAGGAGCAUUUGGAAUUCUUUGCACAGCUGCGUGGCGCCAAAAGAUCCGAUGCUCGCGACUGGGCUGUGGAGAAGCUGCGCAAGCUGAAUUUAUACGACAAGGCCGAUGAGUAUGGUUGCAAGUUGUCUGGCGGCAUGAAAAGACGUCUUUCCCUGGGCAUUGCAAUAGCUGGCAAUACAAAAAUUAUCAUUUUGGACGAGCCAUCGUCCGGUCUGGACAUUGAAUCACGUCGGGAACUAUGGGACAUUUUGCUGCUGCUUCGCAAAGAGAAGGCAAUUUUAGUGACUACACAUUAUAUGGAAGAGGCCGAGGUGCUGGGCGAUACCAUCUGUAUUCUGGCCAACGGAACAUUGCAGGAGAACGGCUCUCCGCUGGAGCUAAAACGCAAAUCUGGAUGUGGCUAUCGUCUGAAGCUGGAGGCCCAUGAGACAAAGUUUCUGGAAAAAGAAACCUUAGCUGACAUAUCGAAAUUCAUACCGACUGCAAAAUUGCUGAACAUUGUAAAGCCCACGGUCAACAUUUGUCUACCGUAUGACGAAGUAUCUCAAUAUCAUGACAUGUUACACAGCUUGGAGACGAAUAUGACCAAAUACGGUAUUGAAACGAUUUCGAUCACAGACACCACACUGGAGACGGUGUUUCUUAACUGUGCGGGCGAAUGCGAUCAAGUGGACACACCCGAUAUUGGAACACGCAACGAUGCACCUCUGCUUGCGAUCCAACAGAAGCACCUUCAACAUGCGACCAAUGCACUUAAUGAGUGGACUGCAAUUUUCUAUAAAAAGAUAACAUUUUUGUUGAGCGAGUGGCGUUAUACCUGUUGCAUGUUGAGCUUACCGUUUUUUAGCGUCACCGCAGCCAUUCUACUGAUGCAUUCCAUGUCUGUUGUAAACAUUGAGGCGGCCUUACCACUAAAUCUGAGCCAGUUGCGCACUGGUAGUGUUUACAUUUACAAUACGACGGCCCUGCACGGUAACGUUGAGCAGAAGCUGCUCCAAUAUAUUCAGCAGAGUGGACUCACUACCAAAAUGUUAAUGCUGCGCGGCGACAACACUGUACCGGAUGAGCUAUUGCAGUUACAGCGCGAAAAUUUGGCUGAUUUUUUGGAGGAUACCAUUGGCUUGGUAGACCUAAGUGAUAAGUCCACCAUUGAGAUUAGCUAUGCGAGCAAUCGCUAUCACAGUAGUGUGAUGCUCGUCAAUAUGCUAGACACGUGCAUGCUGCAGUUGGCCAGUGGACAGCCGGAUGUGCGCAUUGAUGCCACCUACGUGCCCAUCAAACGCUUCGUUAGUGACGUCAGCUCCACGCGACUAGAAUACUACGCCGUCAUCGUUCCAGCUGCGAUCUUCUUCAGCAUGUUUUACUAUAUCGCGCUGCCAUUCCGGGAGAAUGCGAACGGUUUCCGCCAACUGCAGCCAAUGUCACGUUUCACUUACUGGUUUGCCACCUUAACGUUUGAUUUGCUGUUGCAUACACUUGUCUGUUUGUUGCUGUUACUGCUGCAGAAACUGAUCAUGCCACCGGAGCUGUACACGCCCGAGGAUCUGAAACUGAUUGUCAUUAGUAUAUUCUUUUACGGCUGCAGCUAUUUACCAAUUCUGUACACUCUGAGCAGUAGCUUUAAGUCCAUAUCAACGAUCUCCACAUAUCUGCUGCUCAUGCUUAUCGUUUCCGAAAUUGCUCCAUUGAUCACCUCCAACAAUUUCCAGGCCAUGAAGCAGCACGCAACGAAAAUCGCUUUUCUCAGAUUUCUACCCGAUUUCAAUUUGAACCAUCAGCUGCGCAUCAUCAACGAGAAUUUUAUAGCGCAACGACGUAAGUCGAUGAAACUUUUGGAAACCACGACACACCAAUUUUUUGUUUACGCUGUGGUCGUUUCCUUACUGGUCAUGGGCUUCUUUACGUUUGUGCUCGAGCACAAGUAUCAUCGCCAGCGACUGUGCGAUUUCUUCUAUGGCAAAACCUGUAAGAUCCCACCAAAGAGCCGCAGUGCGUCGUGCAUUACGCCACUUCAAGCGGGCGAGUGCUUUGAUGAGUGCGCUAGCGAGGAGCGGCGAGUCAAGGAGCUACUGCACGCCGGUACUUCUCCGGACACGGCACAGAUGUUUCCGUUGGUAGUUAGUAAUCUGCGUAAGAGCUACGAUGGUAAACCGGCUGUCAGCGGCAUCAGUUUUGCUGCCGAACGUGGCGAAUGCUUUGGAUUGCUGGGCGUAAAUGGUGCGGGCAAAACGAGCAUCUUCCAAAUGAUUGCCGCCAACAUGACGAUGGAUAGCGGCCAGAUACAAAUCGAGGGCACUGACAUUCGCCUCAAUGAGGUCGCUUAUCGCAAGCAGUUCGGCUACUGUCCGCAAUACGAUGCACUCAACAAAUUCAUGACCGCCGAGCAGUGUCUGCGUUUAAUGGCGAUUCUGCGCGGCCUCAGUUGGAAAAGCGAUGAUCCAAUGGGUAUCGAGUGCAGCGUUAUGUUCUGGUUACAGAAAAUGCAUUUGCUUAAGUAUCGAGAUGUGCCCGUGCGCAAUUAUUCGGGUGGCACAAAGCGCAAACUGCUCGCUGCCAUGGCCAUGAUUGGUGCACCAUCGCUGGUUCUACUGGAUGAGCCGACAACUGGCGUCGAUCCCAUAUCGAGACGCUUUCUGUGGCAAUGCAUUAAGGAUUUCCAGAAAAGGGAUCGCACGGUGGUCCUCACAUCGCACAGCAUGGACGAGUGUGAAGAGCUGUGCAAUCGUUUGGCCAUCAUGGCGAAGGGCCAAUUCAAAUGUCUGAACAACAUUUGUGCACUUAAGCGACAAAGCGGCUUUUCCAUUAAAUUGAAAAUGAAAAUUGACACCGAAACGGAGACAAAUGUGGCGACAAUUACCAAUACGCUCAACGGACAAUUUGAGGCAUUGGAGCUGCGUGAGAAUCAUGCUGGAACUUUAACAUAUAUUGUACAAACCGAUCAGCGAAUACUUUGGUCGAAGGUCUUCGACGUUUUGGAGUCCUAUCUGUCUGACAAGCUCAAUGACCUCGUUGAGUAUUAUUCGGUGAAUGAGUGUACUUUGGAAGAUAUAUUUCUAAAGUUCGAGAGACAAGCCAAAUCACUGUCACUUUCCGGUUCGGAAAACUAUGUCUGAGCGCACCUUGCGUCGCCGGGUGUCUCUCUCUACCUUCCUCACCAGUUAUGCCCAUAUACCUCACCACGGUCGGUGGAUCAUCUCGCGAUCUGGAAACUCAAGUUGUGUGCUUCUUGCAGACGGUGUGCAUCUUAAAUGAGAUAUUCUUCAAAUUUAUAUAUCCUAAUAGAUGUUUGUCACGGG